GCCACCCUUGCUCGCCCAGCUGGAUGUCCCUACAAAUGCGAGACACAAGCCAGUAACUCCAGAGAGAAAGGAGCUUGCUGAGAAGGGUCUCGGGAGGCCGUCGGGAUGAGUUUUUCACUGAACUUCACGUUGCCAGCCAACACGACAUCCUCUCCAGUUGUUACAGGUGGGAAAGAAGCAGACUGUGGGCCCUCGCUCGGACUCGCCGCCGGCAUCCCGUCGCUGGCGGCCACAGCCCUGCUGGUAGCCCUCCUGUUCACGCUGAUUCACCGAAGAAGAAGCAGCAGCAGCAGCAGCAGGGAGUCUGCCGAGGAAAGUGAGAGGCCAUGUGAAAUUUCAGAAAUUGAUGACAAUCCCAAGAUAGCAGAGAAUCCUAGGAGAGCACCCACCCGUGAGAGGGAUGUGAUGGGAGCGGAAGAAGCUCACGUGUACGUGAGGACGAUAGUGGAGAGCGAGCAGCCCGUACGGGACACUGCCCGUCCUGCGGCAGAAAUGGAGAGAAGGAGGGCACUGUGGUGGCUCAUACCCAGGCUGAGCCUGGAGUGA